AUGUGGUUUGGAAUUGCCGCGGUGGCCUUUCCUGACUCCAGCGUCUCCUACUCCUUUGUCAUGGCCAAGGAUGCCGUUCCUAGCUCCAGUGUUCCCAAUGCACCCACCUCCCUUUUCAUGCCCAUGGACAGGGCCGCAUUAAGACUGAUGAAAACGGGUGUGGAGAACGUGGCAGGAUCAGAGGAUGAGGUCGCAAAUAAUAGCGUUGAUCUGGUUGAUGCGGCCCAAGAUGAGGCUGUUCCACUUGUUGAGAGGACUGUUGGAGUUGAGGAACUUAGUGAGAAAAAGCGUUUUCGGCUGAAAAAGCAUCUUACUACUAUAAGAAAAGCUGUCCGGGAAUUUGCCCUCAUUCCCCAGCAUACAUCCCCAGAAGUCGCUGUGCGGGAAAUUGAUGCUCUGCAUGAUGUCGUCUUGAAUGCUAGACAACGUCUGAACACAAAUAACAUCAUGCUUUUGGGAGACUUCAAUGCUGGCUGUAGCUACGUUUCGAAUUCAGACUGGUCCAAAAUACGCCUCCGUACUGACCAAAGUUACACCUGGCUCAUCCCUGAUAGUGUGGACACAACGGUCACACACACAAACUGCCCAUAUGACAGGAUUGUAGUCACCUCUGACAUGAUGAAAGGAGUGUCCGCUGGAUCAGCGCAGGUCUUUGACUUCAUAGAAGCCCAAGGAUUGAGCCAAAGUUGGGCCCUGGCAGUGAGUGAUCACUUUCCUGUUGAGGUCAAGCUCCUGUGAAAAACAUCAAGGUUGUUCCCUCGCAGCAGAUAUACACUGCAAUGCUAAUGCUUGAUGUGUAGUGCUGUCUUAGACUUAAUGAAAAACAAAAAAAAGAAUCAUUUUCUUUCAACGAAUAAUUGUACAGUAUCAUUCUAUAGCUAUAAGAAAUACAUAAUUAAAUUUGAAAUUGCAGCUUUCAAAUUCUUCUAUAAGCCCCAAAUUCUUCUAUAAUU